AUGUCGACCGCCGCGGAGCUUGACCUCGUGGAGGCCGCUCGCGCCGACUACCCGGCCAUCGAGAAGGGCAUGAACACCGAUAAGAAGCCCGGUUACAAGGGCGAGGGAGACUUAGGGCAUGCUGUGUCUUCAACGACAGAUUCGCUCCGUGGACCUAACGGCGAAGUGUAUCCUACCGAUGAGGAGCUCGAGACGUUGCGCCGCGUCCACGGCAAGGUUAGCUGGCUCAUAUACUCCAUUGGUAUCGUUGAGAUGGUUGAGAGGUUUGCCUACUACGGCACCACCGCUGUCUUCGUCAACUUCAUCAGCUACCCUCUACCCGAAGGCUCUACCACAGGUGCUGCGGGCACCGAUGGCCAGGCUGGCGCCCUCGGCAUGGGACAGCAAGUUUCUACGGCUGUGACUCUAUUCAACUCAUUCUGGUCCUACUUCAUGCCCCUCGUCGGCGGCUACUUGGCCGACACGUAUUGGGGCCGCUUCUUGACGAUCCAGUAUGCCAUUGUCAUUGCCACGGUAGGGCACAUUAUCAUCAUUGUUGCUUCGGUGCCCUCUGUCAUUCAGAACGCCGGCGGCUCUCUGGGAUGCUUCAUCGUCGGUCUCCUCUUUUUUGGCACCGGAGUCGGCUGGUUCAAGGCCAAUAUCUCGCCCCUCAUUGCUGAACAGUACGAGAUGACGCAGCCACGCAUGACUGUUGAGACACUGAAGUCGGGCGAGCGUGUCAUUGUUGACCCCGUCAUGACCAUUUCGCGAGUCUACAUGCGCUACUAUUUCCUCGUCAACGUCGGCGCCCUCGUAGGUCAGAUCUCCAUGGUUUACGCCGAAAAGUACGUCGGAUUUUGGCUGUCUUUCCUACUCCCCACCAUCCUCUUCCUCUUGUGUCCCAUCAUCAUGGUCCUCUGUCGCAACAAGUACGCCAAGCGCCCGCCGACAGGAUCGGUUCUUGGCAAGUCAUUCCGUCUUGUGAUCUACGGCAUCAAGCGCAACGGCUUCCGUUCGAUGAGCAAGAAGCACUUUUGGGAGCAGAUUCGCCCAAGCCAGGUCCACGACAAGCCGAGCUGGAUGACAUUCGACGACGCCUGGGUUGAUGAGGUACGCCGUGGAUUCAUGGCUUGCUCCGUGUUCCUCUGGUUCCCCAUCUUCUGGCUGGCCUACGGCCAAAUGUCCAACAAUCUCAUCAACCAGGCGGCCACGAUGCGCCUCAACGGCCUCCCCAACGACAUCAUCACCAACCUCAACCCCUUCUCGCUUCUGAUCCUCAUUCCCAUCUGCGACAAGUUCCUCUACCCUGCCAUUGCCCGCGCCGGCCUGCGCUUCACGCCCAUCAAGAAGAUCGCCCUCGGUUUCGCCAGCGCCACCCUCUCCAUGGCCGUCGCCGCCAUCAUCCAGCACUUUAUCUACCAGCGCGCCCCAUGCGGGAACUACGCCAGCGACCGCGACUGCAUCGAGGAGAACGGCGUGCCGUACAUGAGCGUCUGGAUCCAGAACGCCCUGCUACAUCCUCAUCGCGCUGUCCGAGGUCCUCGCCUCCAUCACGGGCCUCGAGUACGCGUUCACCAAGGCGCCGCGCAACAUGCGUGGCCUCGUCACCGGUGUCUUCUGGUCCGUCCUCGCCAUCUCGUCGGCCCUCGCCCAGGCCUUUGUCGGCCUCGCCACCGAUCCCCUGCUCGUCUGGCUCUACACAACGAUUGCCUGCAUCAGCGGCGCCGGUGGCCUCGGCUUCUGGCUCGCGUUCCGGAAGCUCGACGAGGAGGAGGAUGCGCUUAA